CCCACCUUCUUUUCCAAGGAGUCAAAAGAAUGAAGGGGCAUACAUUUCCUGGGGCUUCUUCCUAUGCUGAGCGUACUCUGAAGUAAGGGGCAGCCUAACGAUGGACGAGAGACAAGAUCCUCUGGGCAUGACUGUCCAUCUCCUGGCCAACUCUGGAUAUGCUCUGCCUUUGCAGCAAACCCUUGACCGCCUCUUGGAGUGGAUUUGCCCAGAAGUCCAUCUAUUUCUGGUGUCAGAGAGAGUGACUCCAGUGAAACACUAUGAAAAAUAUCACUCCAAGCGGUCUGGGUUCCCAGGGAUUUCUGUUUUGCUCUUCUUGCAUGAAGACCAUGGGGAAGAGCGGUUCUUUCAUAUCUAUGACUCCUUCCAACAGCCACCUUGGCAGUCUCAUCCCACACAGAAUGCUGGUGGAAGGCUGUGCCCAUACACACUUACCAAUCAGGAUUUCUACAGCCUCGAUCCACACAUGCCCGUAUGGGGGGUGAGACAGGCAUAUUGUGGCAGCGAGAUCCUUCGUGUGACCUUAUAUUGUAGCUUUGAUAAUUAUGAAGAUGCAGUCAGACUUUAUGAAAUGAUCUUACAGAAGGAAGCCACCACCCAGAAGAGCAACUUCUCCUUCUUUGUACUAUAUUCAAAGAACAACUUUUCAAUCCAGCUGUCCUUGAAGCAGCUUCCCCUAGGGAUGUCUGUGGAACUCAAAGAGUCUUCCCUGCUACAGUUCAAAGUUCAAGAAAUUGGCCAGUUAGUGCCACUUCUGCCAAAUCCCUGCAUUCCUAUCAGCAGCACCAGAUGGCAAACUCAGGACUAUGAUGGAAACAAAAUUCUCCUACAGGUCCAAACAAACCCAGGACCAGGCGAAAACAAGGGUGGGCUUUCCUGUAAGCAAGGCCAUACAGGAGCUGACACCCCUCUCCAAGACUCCAUCCAAACUCUAAUCUCUGCCAAAAGGACCACAGAACAAAGAAGUCGGAGAAGCCAGACCGGCAGGUCAAAGCACAAUCCCCCAGAGCCUCCUCACCUGGGAGGGGGCACUUUGCCAUCCAGAAGCUCCUGUAGGAUUCCCUGGAAUAGUUCUUGUUCAUCCCACUCUAGCAGCCCAUCAGCAACUUCCCAGUGGGAUAGACCUUCUCCACAUCUUGAAUCAGCAGCCAGAAUCAAAACACUCCAUCAAGGAAACAGUUUUCAGAAGCCUGAGGCAGAGACUAAUGUUGAUACAGGGUUCACGGUAAUCAAUUCAGAACGGAGGCAAUCUUCUUUGAGAACAUUUCCAAGGGAUUUGCAAAGCAGCCUGCCUGCACUGUGGACACCAAACUCUUUGUUAGCUAUAACCGGCUCAAGAAAUAAAACCUCCAAGGAGACAAUCCAUCCCUUGCCAUUUGCUGGCCUAAGGGACGGUGGUGCAGGGCAGAUAACCUCAGCAUUCCACUUGACACAAAUACCCCAUGGAAACGAUGAAGAAGAAUUCUUUAUAUGA